UGAAAGAGAGAGAGCAUCUGCUCAUUUCAUUGUCCCAAAGCCUGAGGAGGAAAAUCCACCGGACAAAUGAUCUUCUUCUGAUAAUAUUACGGAUUUUUGUUUUUCAUUUUAAAUAAUUGACUCAUUUUCAUUAUUAUUAUGACCCGGUGGUGAUAGUCUGCACCGGCUUUGACUGAGCGACACCUGCACGCACAGACACACACAUACACACACACGCACACGCGCACACACACUUCUCUCUCUUUUGUCUGAGGCAUCUCUGCAGCUCCAGAGGAGGAGGAGGAGGAGAAGGGAGGAGGAGCAGUGGGUUGUACCUGACACCUCCAGCCGCGCGUCGAAGCUCUUCUCCCGCAGAACCAACCACGAGCGCCACCCUCCCCUCGCCCGGUGCGUGUGUGUUAGUUCACCGGGGCUGUGUGCGGGUUUGCACCGGGGAAAACAUGCAUCUAUUGACGGACUGAAAACUCCCCCAAACAUCCAGAAGAGCAGCGGAACCACCGGGACAGGAGCCUCCUGUUUCCCCCUUCGGACCUCCGGGAUUUGUGUUGUGUCUCACUGGGUUUGGGUACAGGCUGGAGAGGUGGGGACCACACCUGAGAGGAAGAUGCGGAUCCCGGUGCUCCUCUGCGCGCUGGCGUGUCUGUCUGCAGCCCCGGGCCCGGUGCUCGGGGCGGACCGGAGCUGCGCGGACCUGCGGCAGUUCUACACCGGGAAAGGCUUCACUCUGGCGGACGCACCUCAGAACGAGAUCUCCGGUGAACAUCUGAGGAUGUGUCCUCAGGGUCCGACCUGCUGCACCAGCACCAUGGAGGAGAACCUGUCCGGUCUGACAGCCCGAGAGACCGAGGGGCUGAUCAGAGACGCCGGCAGGUCGCUGCAGGCGGCUUUCAACGCCCUCCACAGGAGCUUCGACACCUAUUUCACUGAGCUGCACAGUCAGUCCGAGCGCUCCCUCCAGGAGGCGCUGUCUCCGCUCGGCCCUCUGUACUCCCAGAACACCCGCCUGUACGGAGAUCUCUACAACGACCUGCGACAGUACUACCGGGGCUCUGCGCUCAACCUAGACGAGACGCUGUCGGAGUUCUGGUCCCGGCUUCUGGAGCGCACGUUCAAAUCCUCCACCCCCACAGAGGUCAGCCUAUCAGAGGACUACCUUGAAUGUGUCGCUAAGCAACAGGAGACGCUGCGGCCAUUUGGAGACGUCCCUCGGGACAUGAAGGCGAAGGUGAUCCGGGCUUUUGUCACAGCCCGGUCGUUUGUCCAGGGGCUGGCAGUCAGCGGAGAGGUGGUCAGGAAGGUGUCGCAGGUCUCUCUGAGUGUGGAGUGUACCAAGGCCCUGAUGAGGCUGGUUUACUGCCCUCACUGCCGCGGCAUGAGCUCCGUCAAGCCCUGCUCCAACUACUGCUCCAACGUCAUGAAGGGCUGCCUGGCCAACCAGGCCGACCUGGACCCCGAGUGGCAGAACCUCAUAGACACCAUGAUCCAGGUGGUGGCCAGUUUCAGCACAGAGCCCAGCCUCGACGUGGUUCUCUCCUCCAUCCCUGCUCGGAUCUACGAGGCCGUUCACUACCAGCAGGAAAACAUGGACACGUUCACAGCCAGAGUUUACCAGUCAUGUGGAACACCAGGGGAACCAGACACAGGAAGUCCCGCCCCCCACGAGCAGAGGAGGAAGAGCGGCUCGCUGACGGCCUCCGAGUACAAACCCUCGCCGACUGCUGGGCUCAGGCUGGAGAUGCAGGUAUCGGACCUCUCCAGUAAACUGAGGGAGAUGAGGCAGUACUGGGUCCAGCUCCCGGUGGCACUGUGCAGCAAACUGGCAGCAGGAGGCGCCGCUCAGGAUAAAUGCUGGAACGGCAUCUCCAAAGCCAGAUAUCUUCCAGAGGCGAUGGGCGACGGCCUGGCCAAUCAGAUCAACAACCCAGAAGUGGAGCUCGACAUCACAAAGCCAGACAUGACGAUCCGGCAGCAGAUCAUGCAACUUAAGAUCAUGAGCAACAGGCUGAAAAACGCCAUCGAUGGUAACGACGUGGACUUCCAGGAUGCAAGUGAAGACAUCAGCGGCUCAGGAAGCGGGAUGUGCGUGGGUGGACAUUGUCCUCGGGGCAGGCCGGGAUUGUACGCCUACUCGCCAGAAAACAACCGAGUCCGAGGCGCGGCCACGUCUCAAACCGGCCUCCUACUCCUGCUCCCAUUGGUCGCCCUGCUCUUCCAGCGAUGAUGGACCGCUGCCGCCUCCAAUCAGACUCUGAGGUCUACAGCAGGGCUGAACUGUGGUAUGGACUGGGAGAGGUUGGAAAGUUACCUUGCCAAAAAAAAAGUUCAAAAAGACAUUUUGGACAAGAUUUUCUUUGACUUCAGAGAGGAGCGAAAAAACUGACAGUGACAAUGUUCUUUAUUUUGUUCGGCUCGGUUUUCAAAUGUUGAUUGUGUGAUUCGGUUUCUUGAGCUGGUUCCAGUGGAUUCCUGGGAUGAGGAUUAUGGGAGAUGAAGACGACCGAGAAGAAACCUGACAACGAUGAAGAUGAUGAGGAUAUAAACGACGACUUCUUGACUUUCUAUCAGGUUCAUUUAGCUCCAGUGUCCAGUCAGCAGGCGGCCUAGUUCAGUGAGGAAAUGUCUAGUGGCCCAAUGCGUGGUGCGUUCAAGAACACUUCUCAUUUCAUUUUUUUAGCUGGAAGUUGUGGACCUUAAGGAACAUUGUGUAAGCUGUAAAUGUUUGUGUGCAUUAGCUCAGAGACUGGCGUCAUACUCAGCCUUGAAUGUACAGUAUGAUACUCACAGUAUAUUGGCAAAAGAAUCCCCCAUAAUCUGUGAUGUAGUUGUCCAGAUGUUUCAGUGUGUGUUUGUGUGUCGGCAUUAAACAGAUGCAGUCGGUACGAUUCAUUUGAAAGGUUGCAGACGAACGAUCCCGCUCCUGAAAUGCAGUGACGAUGUCGUGGUUGCAGGAUUUUACCUCAUUGUUACCGUAAAGCCAAACAUUUCAAAAGAGAAAGGAGAUGACAACUUUUUAUUUUAAUUUUUUACCACCUCAUCACCUUUGUAAAGAAAUGAGCAGCCUCAUGAAAGCAUCUGUAAACAAGCACAGUCGUGGAGUUUCCUUAAAUCAAGAGCAUUUGCGACACUGACGCCAGGAUUUUUAUUGAAUGAUGUUAUGAUGAAUAACAGGAUUUUCAGUUUUGUACAUACGGUUCAGGACAUUUGCAAAAAAUAUUGACAACAUGUACACGUUACCCUGGUGAUUUGUUACUUGCCCGGCAUGCCUGCUUCUCGGUCUGCACUACUCUACUGGUACAUACCAAACAUAGAAUUCACACGAAUAGCCGACCUCUUGCACACACAUGCACACGCACACUGGGGUUGUGUAUCAAGCUGAUUUUUUUUUUUUCAUGAGUGUAUUGAAUCGCACAUUUCAUUCAUUAAACUCUGUUUGAUUGUCGCAGUGGA